UCUCCUGCAGGUCCCGCGCCCGAGCCGCCGCGAACCAGGCAUGGCCACCCCGCCCAAGAGGUUCUGCGCGUCCCCCUCCACCAGCUCCGAGGGGACACGCAUCAAGAAGAUCUCCAUCGAGGGGAACAUCGCUGCUGGGAAGUCAACCUUUGUGAAUAUCCUCAAGCAGGUCUGUGAGGACUGGGAAGUGGUUCCUGAACCUGUCGCCAGAUGGUGCAACGUGCAAAAUACUCAAGAUGAAUUUGAGGAAUUGACAACGUCUCAGAAAAGUGGUGGGAAUGUUCUUCAAAUGAUGUACGAGAAGCCCGAACGGUGGUCUUUCACCUUCCAAUCCUACGCUUGUCUCAGCCGGAUCCGAGCUCAGCUGGCCGCUCUCAAUGGCAAGCUCAAAGAUGUGGAGAAACCUGUGUUAUUUUUUGAACGAUCUGUGUAUAGUGACAGGUAUAUUUUUGCGUCUAAUUUGUAUGAGUCUGACUGCAUGAAUGAAACAGAGUGGACAAUAUACCAGGACUGGCAUGACUGGAUGAACAGCCAGUUCGGCCAAAGCCUUGAACUGGAUGGAAUAAUUUACCUUCGAGCUACUCCAGAGAAAUGCUUAAGUAGAAUAUAUUUACGGGGAAGAAAUGAAGAACAAGGCAUUCCUCUGGAGUAUUUAGAGAAACUUCACUAUAAACAUGAAAGCUGGCUCCUUCAUCGAACUCUGAAAACCAACUUUGAGUAUCUUCAAGAGGUGCCUAUCCUCACACUGGAUGUCAAUGAAGACUUUAAAGACAAGCAUGAGAGUCUGGUGGAAAAGGUCAAAGAAUUUUUGAGUACUUUGUGAUUGUCCGGGAGACUGCAGGUGACAAAAUGUCUCCAGAUGCUUCAGCUUGUGUGUCGUAGCAGCUUGAUGUUCAUACGAAGGUCUUCACAGGAUUCAAGUUUUUAAACCAGUUUUGUUUGGCGGACAGAAACCUUUUCUAAUAUUCAGAAUCCCCUGUAAACAUUGAGCCCCUCCUUUACUCCCUGACACCCUCCACUUCCCUUCCACGUUUUAAAUGAGAGUGUUUAUCUCACUGCGAAGUCUGGAGGUCGAUGUCCUCAGAAUCAGUACAGCGAGUGGAUAAACUGUUGUAGAAGGCCCAGCCUUCUCCUGCCCUCUUGGUGGGUGUCCUGAGCAGGUUGACAUGUUUUCAUUCUCCCGUUAAUGGCCACGUCAGUGUUCCAUAUAAAGGAUGUGUGUCUUAUGUGAGUGAGUAUGCCCAUUACGAGCUGAGAAGUGGAGUUUGGGGAAUCCCUAGAAUAGGGAUUUGGUUGAGGUGUGUGUUUUGUUUUUCUUCUUCCUUGAGUGAUGCUGGACAGUGAACCCCCAGGGUCUCAUUCAUGCCAGGGAAGCUUUCUACAGCAAGCUGUCCCCAGCCCCUGAGGUGCUGUUGUUAUCAAGUGCCUCUCCUCCUACCCUGUGAACGUUAUCAUCACCUCACUGAUGUUUACUAAUGUGUCUGCGGUGCAUGUGGAGAGGAAGAGGUGAAACCCUGUUC